UACAACGAACCCAUUGGCCCGCAGAGUAAUCAUCUUCUGAAACCUCGCGUUGGUGUGCGUGUAAUCGAGAUUGAUCCUGCCCGUCUCGCAGGAGAGAAGCAGAGGCCAAACGCUGUCCUCUUUUGGCGCUGCAAUCGUCCCGACAUGCACGGCCCAGGGAACGAGAGCAUAAUUGCUGAUCAUCAGUAUGCAGAUGAAUUGCCCAUUUUAUCACAAGAUAGACUUGAAAGUCGACUCAGGGCCGUGAACAUCUUAGCUCGGAUUUCUCCAGAUCUCGAAUCUUCAUCUGCGCUGGGCAGUCGGCGUUGUGGAGGUCAAAGUGAUCGAAUAGAACAUCUUGGCACCGUCACGGCCAUCGACGAACUGGACGCUUCCGAAAGUGGAGGAGUCACCCAGUUUGACCCUACUUCGUUCAAAGUCGGCCUGGCUCCCGAGACAUUAUCGAGGACGAACCUGGGUCAACUCAAAGUUGGCCAAAAGGUUAAUCUGGAGCGUGCAGUCGCAGGCCAUAUCCGGUUCGGUGGCCAUUUCGUGCAGCCAGAUGGAAAUUCCUUGCGCCUACUCUUCAAGGUUCCAGAAGGGACAGAUGAAAGACCCUCACUCUUACCUUAUAUCAUCCCAAAAGGCUUCAUCGCACUAGAUGGUACCUCUCUUACCGUCACGACUGUUUCCGAUGCAGAUCGAACUUUUGGUGUCAUGCUCAUCGCUCAUACUCAGACCAAGAUCGAUCUUAGCAAUAAACCAGUGGGUGCCACAGUAAAUGUGGAGGUGGACAUGGUCGGGAAGUAUGUCGAGAAAUCGGUGACAGCGGCCAUGGGUGAUCUUGAAAGCGACGGGUCGGCCCCAUUAAAGGCAUUUAUUGAAAAGACUGUCGAGAAU